UAUUUUUUUUCGAAUUUCCAGCUUUAGCCUGUUGUACACGCAGCAUUUAGCUUAUUCUUCAAGAAAAUGUAUCAGCCACCGGACUAGUCAAAUUCCGGGGAUGAAGGAAGAAUAAUACUAUAUAAUAUAUAUAAAUAUAAAAUUCAGAUCAAAGAAUUUUAUAUUUUUUAGUGUUAAAAUUAAGGUAGAGUUAAUAAAUUCCAAGUGAUGGUCCUUCUAUUAUUGAAGUUAGGGACACUUGCUUUGAGAACUUUGAGUAAACCCAUUGCUGUUAGGCUUAAGAAAGAAGCUGGGUUGCAUCCCAAAUUCCGUAAUUUCAUCAUCAGCAUUGCGCAGAUCAUCUUUCAUCACAUACAUUGCUCAAUCCAGGCGAACCACCGAAUUACAACAACCAUGCAAAGACGGAUAUAUAGCCAUGCAACUGAUGUUGGAAUACGACCUUUGAAUGAAGAGAAGGCAGUUCAAGCAGCUGUUGAUCUUCUGGGAGAACUUUUUGUUUUCGCGGUCGCAGGUGCUAUUAUUGUAUUUGAGGUGCAAAGGAAUUCUCGGGCAGAGGCUAAGAAGGAGGAACUUCGUAGGCAAGAAACGGAGAAAUUGAGACUACGAGAUGAAGCACUGGAAAAGGAGAUAAUGAGCCUUCGAAGCAAAAUUCAAGAGCUGGAACAGCUAGCUAGGGGAAAGGGACUUGCUGUUCCUACUUACGGGAUGGUUGCAGCUCUUCAAGAUUGCCUUGGAAACAACUUGUCAACUUAUUACCUGACUUAUCGUUUAUUGAUUUGAUCUAAACAUCGAACGUUCGUUCGUUGGUAACUUUUUUUUUUCUACUCAUCUGUUUUAGGAAGGGAAUUGAUAUUCCCACAACAUGAGUGAGAAUCUCAUUGUGAAAUUGUAGUCCUCAAACUUCAUAUUGCUAUUGGGAACAAGAUUCUAUUUUAGACAAUGCAACUGUAUUCCAUCCACUA